GAAGAGCUAAGUGGUGCAUUUCUCAGUUCAUGACCUCCCACUUCCUCCACACACACACAGACACACACACACAGAUGCCUGGAAUGGCAUGCUUUGACAGGGCCUCACCAGCACUGAAGGAGAUUCUGCUGAAAUUGUAUAGUGCUGAAAGACCAAUGGAGCUUGAUCAUCACUUGCAUGAAUUUGGGUCUGUGGAUUACCACAUUCAGUCUUUAGCAUCAGAUCCACAUCAUGCCUACUUGUCGAUAUCAACCCCACUACUCUCCCAAGGAAUCCUGCUCUCACAGGGGCUUCCUCGUUACACGGUAGAGAUGGUAAAGGGAAUUUGUUCUGAUGUUGUGGAGAUUGUCGAACCUGCAAGAGAAGGAUAUCAGCUUACUCUAAGACUUGACUUCACUAAAAUUCCACAUCACAAAGACUCCGUGAAGAUGAUCACAAAUAUCUCCACUGUGCAAGCGGUAAUAUUGAGCUCCCAGCUGAGAGAAAUCUUGAGAAAUGUCAGUUCCCAGGAUAUAUCUCAAGGGAUGUCCAAACCAAUCAAACUUGUUUACCACCCAAGAGAGCCUUUCUUUGUCAUCAAACAGCAAGCAAAAAUCACUGCAGUAUUUCCAAUACGUCUUAAAGAAAAUUCAGAUGUGAUUAUUGCAACAGCCUUCUUUCAGGAAUUAAUGGAUGUGGGAAGUUCAGAGGCAUGGGCUAAAGCACCUCUUUGCGCCUGGUCGCCCAUUCCACCUCCUGAGUUAAGAGGAGAGCCCUUCGAAGAUUUGAGUACCAAUGGAGGGUUUGUGUCUUUUGAUAUUUAUUCACGCCACGUUGAAGGCAAAAGACUGGACAAUACUGUAUGGAGCCUACUGAACUUCUAUGCCUUCCUAAAAUAUCAUGUGAAGUGCACCAGAGGUUUUAUACAAAGGAGGAUGAGAAAGCGUUUGGAAAGUUUGGUUAAGGUCCUACAGAAGGCAAGCAUAGAAGAAGAUGAAGAUGUCAAGAAAGUCCAAGGUUCUAGCUGUGUAAGGAAACUGGUCAGUUUCUCGAAACCCAGAAUCCUUAAACAAAGAUGUGAUUUCAUCAGUAAGAUCAAGAGAAUACGGUCCAGAAUUAAAAUCCAUGGAUUUAGUUAUUUUCGUAGACGAUGGUUGAAAAUCCCCAAGUUUUCUCCUAUGACAAGAUAUAUGAAACUAGACAAACUAGACUAACUUAAAUUUCAGUAUCAAUAUAUAAGACAUGUUCUAUCGUCGUUAUAUUUUUACAAAAAGCGUUGUAAUGAUCUUCUCUUAUUUUUUGUUUGAACAUGUACAGAAUUGAAAUGCUUGAAUCUUUCAAAAUCAACAAUAAAAUUUGCAGAAUUUUGUGGAAA